AUGCGCAUGGACGCUUCAUCUUCUUCUCGAGAUUACGAAGCUCUGGUGUUGUAUAUACAGUCCGCAUUCCUGUGUUGCUUGUCGUCUGUGGCGCCACAGGAAAGAGGCAGCGGUUCCUCCCUCCUUUUGCGUGCCUUAGCUUCGUCGAAAGCGGAUGGUUCUCAGGGAUCUGAGAGCGCCCUAAAGCAAUUUAUUGCUUCCGCAAGGAACGAAGAUGGACGGAGCUUGCUACACAUGGCAGCGGCAGCAGAUGAUGAAGAGUCUUUGAAGCUCCUCCUAGACUGUGGAGUGGACCCUUUGGCUACAGAUGAAUGUGGAUUUUCAGCGCUUCACGUGGGAUGCUCUGUUGGCUCUUCGGGCGCUGUCUCGCUCCUCCUGGCCGCAGUUUCCAAUGCCAAGCAGAAGGCACAGUUCACCUCGAUGGUUACUGAGUCUGGGGGUUCUCCCUUGUUGUACGCCGCCUCUAAAGGACAUCUUGAUGUUGUUGAACUGCUGCUGCAUCAUGGCGUAGAUAUUAACACCAAGGGUUACGGAAACCACACUGCCAUCUCCCGAGCUGUGUCUGCUGGAAGGAAGCCUAUCGUAACGCGGCUUCUUGCCGUUCCUGGAAUCGACCUUGCUGUGAAAGAAACAGGCUCAGGCGAUAAUCUCCUUCACUUAGCGGUGAGCGCUGGGAGAGCCGACAUUUACUGGGAAGUUGCACAAAUGGCCCCUCAGCUGGAAAAUGAGAAAAAUGCGGCGGGCCUGACACCGGUUGGCGGUGCAACGCAUGAGUUCAUGAAGGCGCUCGAGAAGGAAAUCAAGCAGACCAGAACAGUGCAAGACGCAUGUGAAGACGUGUAA